CCCACCACUCACUCUCUCACUUCCAAUGGGCAAUGGAACCGGAAAAACCGACCACCACAAUAUGCACAGUCGUCUCCAUUGACCACACCGACCUACACUACACAGUCUGCUCUCUCUGCGAACGAACUCUCCCGGACUCCUUAACUCGCUGCAACCACUGCCCCGGUUCUACAUCUAAACGCCUCUUUCGAGUCCUCAUGUCUGUAGCCACCGACACCAACGUGUUCGUGGUGGUCCUGUUUGACCGUGCUGCUAGGGUUCUCUUCGGUUGUUCUGCUCAUGAUUUCUUCAAUUUCACCAACACUCAUCCUUUCUCUGGUGAGACUGUAAGUAGGAUUCUGGAGGGAGAGAUGUUGAGAGUGACACUUUCGAACCCUAGGAAUGGCAAUGCACAACAUCUGCGUGUUGUUUCGGUUAUUCCUUUGAGAUCCGGUUUUCGUCCUGUGAUUGAUAGUUUAAGUGAGCUAUAUGGAGUAAGAUCUGACCGUUAAUUGUUGAUUUUUUCGGUUUAGUUGUUCGUUUUUAUUCGUUUGUGCCGCCAUUGUUUGAUGAUGGUUAAUUACAUAUAGACAAGGUUCUAUAAGAUUAUAUGUUUAUUAUAUAUUCAUAAUGCUUUAUGUUGAUCUGUCAA